AUGAAGCCGCUUUGCAACGCAAAACCCGUGAGCGGCGUCUGGGCCUCAAAACGACAGCCGGCCGCCCGCGGGGUCCCCGCAGCGCCACCGCUGGACGCCCGGACCUUGGGCCCAGUCCGUUUCACCUCUGCUCCUGGUCUCUCGGCCGCCGGAGGCCUGGGCGGUUCCCAGCACCACCAGCUGCAGCGGCGCCGCUGGCCAGUCACGGAGCGUGACCCUGUGCGUGUGCACACGCAGCCAGUGGCCGUGGGCCUUGGCGUGGCGCUGAGGUGCUGUUCCCUGAAUCCUGAGCUGGGAGGGCAGCGCCCACGCCUCCGCGAGCCCCCGGUGAGGCACGAACCGAAGGCCCGCGGGAGCCAGGAAGACUGUAGAGAGGUGGGCUGCUGCGGAGGGAGAGUCCAGGGCUGCCUCCUGCAGUCGGGGAGGGUUCGAGGUCACAGACGGGCCCGUCAGCCGGGGGCCUCCGGCUCUUUCUACCAGGACACUAAUUCCUGCAGCCGUGCGGACGGUGAAAAGGGGGAUCCGCGUGACCGCAGGCUGCUCCACCUGACGAGUCACAUCGCCGAAUUGCGCGGAAAGGGUUUGCUGCCCCGCUGUCCGCUGCCGACGGUUCGAAGCACACGGACGCCAGGGGUGGGGACGCGGUGCACGCGGCCUGCAGGAAGGAGGAGGCCUCCCGGCCCGCGGCGGCCGGGCCCCUGGAAGGAAUGUGCGGGCGCCCGCAAGGAUGGCGGGCGCUCUGGCAGGAGGAAACAGAGGGGCAAAGAUUUGGGCAGUUCGUCAGCCACACGCUGGGGACGUCGGACGCCACAGUCCUCCCGGAGCCGGGCGGCCGGCCUCCCCGGAAGCAGGAGCGCCGGCGGCCUCAGAGGCAGGGGGCGCGGAGGCUACUGGCCUCGCCUGCGCUCGUGCCGCUCUCGUGUUUGAGAACGUUUGUCACGAAGGAAUUAGAAAAAUAAAAUGCACGGGAGGUGUUUUAAAUCAGGA